AUGAAGGACAACGGUGUCCAAAAGGCCGUCUUUACGGAUGAAAGCUCGAUUGCCUAUCUGGCGGGAUUCUGGGGGUACCUGGGUAUUGAAUUCGGACGGCCGACGCUGCUUGUCGUUGAUGCCGACGACGAACCGGUGGUCAUCACGCCGCUGAUGGAAUCCGAAAUGGUCGCGGAGAUGACCUGGGUCACGGAUGUCAGGGUCUGGGAGGACAUUGGCCAGCGCACAUGGGGCCGCGCUCUUGCCGGCGCCCUGGGUGACAAGCCGACCCGGAUCUGGAUUGAGCGCGGCACUAUUCCGGCAAGUGUGCGCAAUUACCUGGACGACACCUAUCCAGGCGUGGCGCUCAAGGACAUUUCUCCGCUGCUCGGUAAAUUGCGCAUGAUCAAGACCCCAUUUGAAAUCGGCGUCAUGAAGGAAGCCGGGCAGAUUGCGGGCGCGAUGAUGACUGCCGCACACGAGUCAUUGCGGGAAGGCGCAAGGGAGUAUGAAUCGGCACUCGCUGUGAUCGAGGCCGGUUCCCGCAAGGCAGCCGGUUUUCUGACCGACGAGGGCUGGGAUCGCUUCGUGUCGCCGAUGAUCCACAAUCUCCAGAUCCUGCAAAGCGGUGCCGAAACAUCAAUGGUGCAUCGCCGGGCCGGCGUCAGGACAUACCGGAAAUUCGACCCCGUCUAUUUCUGCUUCUGCAACAUGGCACAGUUCAAGCAAUACAAGUUGGGUUUCGACCGGAUGUUUCACAUCGGCGAGGUGACCGAUCAGGCGCGUCACGUGCAGGAAGCGGCGAUCGCGGCGCAGCAGGCGGCCAUCGCCGCGAUCCGGCCGGGCGUACUUGCCCGGGAGAUUGCGGCAGCCGCCAAUGAAGUCUACCGGGAACGGGGAUACCAGACAGGAUAUCGGACAGGCAGAUCGAUAGGGGUUGCUUAUCUGGAAGCACCUGAACUGAAGGAAGGGGACAAUACUGUCCUCAAAGCCGGCAUGACCUUUGCCGUGGAUGGCGGCAUUUCGGUGGAUGGUGUCACUGCUGGCCGCAUUGGAGACUCCGUCGUCGUCACCGAAAACGGAUGCGACUACAUCACGGACUAUCCGCGAGAAAUAUUGCUGAGCAAACAUUGA